UCCACAGUUCACAUGGAUGCGUAGGUUUUUAGCGUAGUGUGCGUGCGCGUCGGGGAUAACUGCAUCGCAGCCGGCUUUUUGUGGCGGGCCAAAUGGAAUGGAUACAUGGAAUGCCCUGUUUGACACCGAAAUAAAAGGAAAAUGCCGUUUCCCAAAUGGGUUGUAGAACCGGUGUUUCUUAGUCGUAAACCGUUGCCGCCUGACAAGGAAAAAUAUGCAUGUGAAUUUUCUUUCACGACUAAUGUCUCGCUUGUGAAUUGCUUGAAGCAGCUGGCAUCUGUUGCCAAAAUCGCUGAUCGAAUUUUUGAUGAAAUUGGAUCAGAAUGUCGUCUGGUGUCAGACCGUAUAGAAAGGAUUCGGGAAAAAAUAAACUCAUGUGAGGAAGUGGUUUCUCAAUUGAAUGCGAGAGCUGUUCAAGUUCCUGUCUCAGACCUGAACGAAACUUUCCGAGUCCUCCGCAGCAAGAAGCCCUACAACACCCACUAUGACCAGAGCACUCAACUCUUCCUGCCGUGCACCCGUCCGCCGUGCAUCGACCAGCUGUACGGCGCGGCCUGCGUCUCCCCGGUCGCCGUCAUGUGUACUAUUGACCGGUACCGGACGGACGGACUCAGUUCCUCCGACCUCUUUAUGGUCACUCCGGUCCUCGGUGGAACGCGGAAGAAGAAGAAGCUGUUCGACAUUGAAAUCAGGAAGCCUGCCAACUUUUCUCUUGCGAUUUCUAAGCAAGAUGCCAUUAAGUCUGGCACGUCUUCUCUUCCACCUAUGCUGUCGCCAUCUGUCGGUUACAUCACGAAACAAAAUGGGAACUUGGAAUUUGAAUGUUUGCCUUCUCCAGAAGAGCAGGCCAUGAUGGUCUCAAUGGAAUAUCCGUCCUCUAUUGUUCCGGUUGAUACGAGUGGUACAAGUUUUACGAAGAUGUCUCUGCUUCGUAGAUCUUUGAUUCACGUGGACUUUGUGAUUAAGCGAAAGAAAAGUAAAAGGAAAUCAAAAAGAAGGCACACGUUCUGUGAAGGAGAAAACCGUGAACUCGAUAGGGCCAUCCGCAAUGUCACAAACUCUUCUUGCCAGACAGAUGAAACGCUUGACGUCACUUCUGCUUCUUCUUCAACUUCAAUAUUCAAGUCUUUGUCUAAAAGACGGUCACGAUCCGUGCUGGACAACUCCAGGCGGAAAAAUUCUCUCUUUGAUGAAUUGGAUUUAGAUUCCUUAAAACAAGAGUCUAAGGAUUCAGCAACUGAGGACGAUAAAGAAAAUUCUCCCAGCAAGGCUAGCACAGUCAAGAAGUCAAAAAUCAGUUCAUCAAUACGUUCCAGAGCUUGCAAUUUCAACCCUAUCUCCAGUCUUUCUGCUGCUAUAUCCAUAGCUGCAGUCAAGAUGCGUAAUUCCUCUCGCAGCGCAGCCAGUAAACAGGAUGAUGGCCGGUCCUCCAGCGGAAACUGGAGUGCCAGCAGCAGCACCAGGGCAUCUGUUGACUCUGACCACCAGCAGAUGGCAUCGCCUGUGGACGGUAUAAGCAGCCCCUCCAGGAACUCGGUCGGGAAGGAUUCCGUGCUGUCUGAUGCAACACAUCAUGAUCCUCAUAACAGAUCACGAGAUGACAUUCUAGUUGUGCAAUCACUAUCUAAUUCUCCAUCAAAAAAGAAAAAAUUUGGAACCCUAAAUUUUCCAUGGUCAGGGGAUUCUGGAACCAAUAGACACUCAAAUACACCCACUCCAGAUUUCACAUCUCAUGGCUCAUUCAGUACACCUGUCAUUCGAUCUCCAUACGCUGGCCGUCGUGGAGUGAGCGAUGAUGGAGACUCAUCUGUCUAUUCUGUAGAUACCGAUGGAUACUACACCUCCAUGCACACUGACAGUGGAUUGUGGUGCAAUCCAUUGUCGAGUCAAAAACCUGAUGGCACUGCUGAUGCUGUGGGUUUUAGACAAAGACAGGAGUCACAGAGUUCCGUCAGUACCAUUGGCAAUAGUAGUAUAAACAGCUAUCUUUCGAAAGAAGCAACUGAAUGUUCGUCAAACAGCGGAAGCCUCAAAAGACAGCCAGGUCCACCACCCCCACCUAGAGUUUCAAGUUGUAGGCUAGGUGCAGACACUUCCCGGAAAGAGGAAGUUUUGAAAACGGACCAAGACUUUGAGGAUAGUGAUAAAUCUUCUUCCCCUCAUCCACAAAAUGGGUCUGCAUCAGAGUCUGAGCAUGAAGUUAGAGAUCGAAUUCGUCUCAAAACAACCAUCUCGGCUCAACGUUAUCCAUCCAUGUGCGCCGUUUCACCUGAAACAAGUGACGAUGAGAUUGCUGAAUUGAGAAACAAAACUCUCAAAUCGAAUAAUGUGAAUGUUAUUGUUGCAGAAAUACACAGGGAAGACAAAGCCAAUGACGAUAUUAAAGAGACUGAUGAAGAAAAUACUGGAACUUUCAGAAGAAUUAAUAAGACUGAAGAACAAAAAAUAGCUUCUGUGCAUGAUUUAAAUAAAAAUCAAAUGAAAUCUUUUAAUUUUCCUCCUUCAAUCAAUAUGUACAGAAGUGAAACACCUUUACCAUCCAGUUUUUCUACUAACAUCCCUAAAACUAUUGCUACUUCAACUCCAAGGUCAGGAGUAAUUGUUUCAUCUUUCUCCCCCGACUUUAGUGACACCUGCUCGGUAGCUCGAACAGACAGCUCUGACGGCAAGAGUAAUUGUAGUGAAUUUGACGAUGUUUUUAGUGAUGACAUAAUCGUAACAGAAAAACCAUCAUCAUCUCAUUCAGACAAAUCUUUAAUUCCUUUAAAAUAUGCACAACGCAUCACAGUUACACCAAUUUCCAGAAGUGAUUCAUCAAGUAGUGUUACUGGAACUAUCAAAAGAACUCCUCUUAAGCAAUCAAGUAUUUCUCACUCUGUUGGUUCAAAUCUAAAGACUGAUAAACCAAAUAUCAAAACACCUGAUAAGACUGAUAAUGUGACAUCUUAUGUUUCCUUCAAAGCUCCAGAUUCUCCUAUAUCAUCUGUUCCUAUUUUUAAUAAGGGAAGCAUAGGAAGACUUCCUAGCAGUCCUACAAGUUCCUUACCACGUUCAAUUGCAAGGGUUACAUUAGAUCCUACAGGACAAGUUGUGUACUCUUCCAAUUCGUUAGGAAGAUCGGUGAGUGGAAGCAACAAAGUUAAUAACAAUGAGAGAACAUUUGCAACCUUGCCAUUGUGUCAAAAUCGUGGCGAUUUACAAUCGAUCAAGCCUUUGCAAGAUGUUCAAAGAACAUCUGGGAUGAAUACUAAAGAAACAAUUAACAUUACCAAUAACCUCCAAAAUUGUUCAAAUUCACCUCCAGUUAGUCCAUCAACAUCACCAUCAUUUGUUCAUCCCGCUGCGCAGAAUCAACCAUUUUCAUCUUUCAAAUCUCAUCCAAGAAAUCAAGAUUUUAACUUCAGGCCUUCAAGAGGAGGCCGAUUUUGCCGGUCAUAUUUCCCAUCGCAUCUGAUCUCGCCUCCCUCUUCAUCAGUGUGCAGGAAUGAGCAACAAUCAUCAAAUAGAUCACCAGCUGACAGCAAUUUUCAACCAAAGUUCCAGUCACCGAUCAACUCCCCUACAAAUUGUUCCGCUCCAAACUUGAUGUCCAAUCCUCAUCAGAGCUACAGCUACAAUUCCGCUCAGCAGAAUUAUUAUUCAAGAAGUCCUCAAAUUUCUACUGUUAAUCAAUCAAUUACAAAUUCUGCAAGUCAUAUAAACUAUGUGCCAAACCCUCGUAUACAAAUGACUGUCACUGCCAAACAGUUUCCUUCCAACUCAAAUGCAAAUAUAUGGCCUGGUAGAAUAUCGUCUUAUUCUAGUGAUUCAUCAAUUUCAAAAUUUUCUCCACCUGUUUCAACCACACUCUGUGAUGUCUCUAGUACUCCAAAAACGAAUACUCAGGGAUUUGGUAAAUCAUUAAGACCUCCAGAUUUAAUACCUUCAAGCGAAUCACCUCCAUCUACAUUAGACAUUACUUCACCAGCUAGCAUUCAGAAAGACUUUUUAAUUUCAAACAACCAAAAUCAAACUUGCAGUGAUAAAUCAGUUACUUCUCUAGAUAAAUCCAAUCAACCUUACAGUCCAAGCAGGAGCAUUAAAUCCAUGUCAGCUACUGAACUGUUCGCUAUAAUUCAUAGUUCUAAAAAGAAACACAAUAUAAAAUCUGAAUCAGAAUUAUCAAUGUCUCCCCUGUCUUCUAGAUCAGUUUCACCGGCAUUAAGUCAAAGUUCUUCAUCAAAAUUACAACCUAUAGAGACAGGAAUUUUAUCCAGGCGAAGUGAUGCCAAUCUAGAUAGGUCAAAAUGGUGCAAUAGUAUGCCUUCCAAUCUUAGCAAAAGACAAUUGUUUCAAGAUAAACUUGGUACAACUAAACCAACUAGCAUGCAUGAUUUCAAAAUGCUUCUUUUACAGACUAGAACUGGAAGUCAUGAAAGUAGUCCUCGUCCAUCUGCAGCAGAGUUGCUUAAAGUUUCUCCACCCAAAACUUCUCAAAAUUCACCAAUUUUGAAAAGUUUUGGUGGUCCAACUGGUUCACCAAGUCACAGCUUCAAACUGCAACAACAAAAUUCAUGUGUAAAGUCUCCUACUAAUUAUAAUUUGAACACUAAUUACUCACCUGGGCAUGGUACUAUUCCAAUAAAAAGGAAUAUGAGGACUAGAUCUCCUUAUCUAACUCGCUAUGAUUCAGCGUAUCCUCCAAUUCUAGAAGAUUGCUCAGAGGAAAUGGAAUCAAUUUGUGAAGAUAAGUGCCUUAUGCCUAAUUCUUUACCGAAUAAAGGACAACUACAUAGCAGAAACACUGAAAUAAUUCCAAGAUGUACAACUCCGGUAGCUAAAGCUACAAGUACUUGGGUUUAGCAAUCAACUUGGGGAUUUAAAAAAAAAAAAAAAAUACUAUCAUUUGUAAAAAUAUAAUUUUAAAAGUGCAAGAAUCUGAUAUUUGCAAUUUCAAAAAUGUUGUAAAUUUAAUAUGUCUAUGUACACUGUAUUUUUCAAAUGAAUUGGAAAGAGCAUAACCUAUAAUGUUGUAUCACACAUUGUAGGAAAUUUUUAAAUAAUUAUAGGAAAAAAAAACAGAUGUAUUAAUGUUUUUGUAGCAUGCAACAUUUUAUUUAUAACAAAUAUUUCGAAAGAUAACAAUCCUGUUUACAAAAGUUGAAGAGCUUUAUAGUAGAGUAUUAAGACUGAAUGCCCUAUAGUAGUACUAUAUUGCACAGUGAAACACUAUUUUUUCAAACUAUUUCAUCUUAGUGUUGUGUACGACAACAUAGCUUUAACAAAAGCUUUAUGUAAAUGGCAUUUUCCAAUUACUGAAAUUCUUAAAUGCUUCUAUUAUAAUUUAAGGUUUACCUAAAAAGCAGAUAAUUCCUGGAUGCAAGAGGGUUGAGAGUGUUCACAAUGGGAGUUCAGUCAAAGGCCAUUCCAGAAGUUUCAUUAGCGUGGUUCAACUAAUAAGCAGUCAAUCUUCCAAGUUCUGUCUUCAAGUGCCCACAUUAGCCUAAAUUGCUCUGAUGUAUAGCAUGCUUUUUUAAACCUAAAAUUUCUCAGAAACAUUCCUCCAUUAAAAAAUAAAAUUCAAUUUUGAAAAUAAUUUGACAAGAAUACAAACAAUAUUGUUUACAUUGUCUUUGAAAAUGUUUUUUAUUAAGCAUCACAUGUUGCUCUUCUAGCAUCUGGCUUAAAGAAAGCUCUUGGGAAAGCUCAUCUUAAUUGGGAUUUAAUAAAUUAAUAAGGGCCAGCCUAGCUGGAUCAGAUGCAGUUUCCUGUUAUCAAUUAUGUAUUUGUGUUUACUUAUUAAUAAAAGAUUCCCCCCCCCCCCCAGGAAGUUUCCGCAGAAACAUGCUUUAAUUCCUUUACAGCUGUCGAUAAAGAUACUUCCCUCACAAGUUUUAAUAACCUGCAAAUACUAUCCUUGAAAAAGGUAAAUAACUUUUUUGUAAAUUAUAUUAGUAGGAUUAAAUUUGUAAUAAAAUAAUUUAUUUAAAAUUUCCAUGAUCCAUCUUUUUAUAAAUUUCAUAUUAGUUGUUUAAGAAGAUUCAUAAACUGCUUUAUUAUAUUCAUAUUAUGUAUAUGAGUGUUUUUUCUACAAAAUAAACACAUGAGAGAAAUAUUUUCAAUGUCAAGACCAUAUAGCAAUUAACUGAGUUACCUACUUACGGGGGGGGGGGGGGGGGAAUUUGCCUUGCUAUUUAUAGUUUGUACAAAAAGCUGAGUUGAAAUGUUUUCAAGCCCAACAGAACUCAAUAUAGAUAAAAUAAAACUAAAUAGGAAAUUUAUAUUUCAAUAUGAGGUAUAUUUUCAUACGGUUUCAUGUCGGCUAAUUGAUUUUAUCUGCAUGUGUCAACACAUGACUAGGGGGCUCUGCCCCUGCUCGCCAACCCCUUAAAAU